GGCCGGGUGGGCAGACAGACCGCGCCGCGGGCACACAGCGAGCCGAGCCGAGCCGAGCCGAGCCGAGCUCACUCUAUUUCUUCUCCUCGCCUCUCCGCUCCUCUCGACAUGGCCUCCGCCGCGCUGGAGAUCGUGGGCAUGGGGCUCAGCAUCCUGGGCUGGGUGGGCGUGCUCGUGACCUGCGGGCUGCCCAUGUGGCAGGUGUCCGCCUUCAUCGAGGCCAACAUCGUGGUGGCGCAGAACCUGUGGGAAGGGCUGUGGAUGACGUGCGCGGUGCAGAGCACGGGGCAGAUGCAGUGCAAGGUGUUCGACUCCAUCCUGGCGCUGAGCCCCGAGGUGCAGGCGGGCCGCGCCAUCACCGUGCUCGUGGCGCUGCUGGGGCUGGUGGCGCUCAUGGUGACCGUGAUGGGCGCGCAGUGCACCAACUGCGUGCGGCCGGGCCGCGCCAAGUCGCACAUCGCCGUGGCCGGCGGGGCCAUCUACGUCCUGUGCGGCGUCCUGGUGCUCAUCCCCAUCUGCUGGUUCGCCCACAUCACCAUCAGCGACUUCUACGACCCCACCGUGCCGCGCUUCAAGAAGCGGGAGAUGGGCGCCUCGCUCUACAUCGGCUGGGCGGCCACGGCGCGGCGGCUCGGGGGG